GUGUUUGGUGGUUCUUCUCCUUGAUUGAGGAAUUAGCAGAGCGACAUGGAAUUCUUGCCAGUUUCAGAUACAGCUCUUAAGAACAGGGAGAAGAAGAAGCAGAAGAUUGAAACCCAAUUUGGUGAAAUCAAACUUGAGGAUCAGGAUCUUGCUGAAUCCUCCAAAGUGAAGCAUGAAGUAGGAGAUCAAAAUAAGAGACUUAAAGAGUUCCUACUGUUCAGCCAAGUGAACAGUCAAGAAGAAGAUGGUGAAGACUCUGAUCUUGUUUCUCUUAGCCUCGGAACCCUAAGUACUAAAAGCAAGGCCAAAAUAGAAGCCAAGGCAAAGCAUACUGAUCAUGAGCUCAAGGAAGGUGGUGACCUCUCCCUCGGUUUCGAUCAAUUUAGCGGCGAAGCUUCUGGUGCCGCAGAUAGCAGCAGCAAGGAGCCAAAGAAUGUAGAGGAAGUGCCACAACCACAAUCCAACCUCAAGAGAGCUAGGGUUUCAGUGAGAGCAAGAUGUGCUACCCCAACUAUGAAUGAUGGAUGUCAUUGGAGGAAAUAUGGACAGAAGACAGCCAAAGGAAAUCCAUGCCCCCGAGCAUAUUAUCGUUGCACCAUUGCACCGGGAUGCCCAGUAAGAAAGCAGGUGCAAAGAUGUGUUGAAGACUUGUCCAUUCUGAUCAGUACCUACGAAGGAGCUCACAACCACCCACUUCCCCUGGCCGCCUCCGCGAUCGCCUCCACCACCUCGGCCGCUGCAAGCAUGCUCAUGGCCGGCUCCUCGACCUCUGAUUUUCAGCGAAGUCAGUUCAGCCCUUAUUCCCACUCCCACUCUACCGUCACUCUGGAUCUCACUGCGCCGCCACCGGCGCCGACGCCCCAAAUCAGCUACUUCCCCCAUUAUUCCUCAACCAGCUUCAACUUCUCAUCUUCGGCCAAGAUGAAGACUGAGGCUGAAACAGCUCGAGUCAUGCCGAAGCAGCAGACGCUGACGACCGACAUGAUCGCGGGGGCUAUCACUUCGCACCCGAUCUUCCGAUCUGCUUUGGAGGCGGCCGUAAAGAUGUGCGUCGGGGGAAGGCCAAGUUACAGCGGUGUUCAUGUGCAGCGGCAGCAGCAAGAGGAAUUGGCACCGCCUCCCUCGGAGACAGCAGCAGGAACAGCAGCAGCAGCAGCAGCAGGGAAUUACUUGACGAUCUUGAACUCCUGGAGUUUGAACCAGCCGCAGAGACGAUGAGAAAUAUAUAUAGUUGAAUUAAAUUUGGGCAUUUAUUCUUUCCCUUGUGUAUAUGAAUUUGAAGAAGAACAUAUUUGGAAUUUGGAAUUUGGAA